ACGCCCCCCGUUUCGUUUCGUUCCGCUUCUUCUUCUUCUCCACGCAAAAAGCAGAGAGCAAUCAGCACAAGCAGCAACAAGAAGCAGCGAAGAUGCAUUCGAAUCACCUUCUUCUAGAAGAGCCAAUCCGGAUGGCCUCAAUUCUCGAGCCAUCCAAGGCUACUUUUUUUCCUGCAAUGACGAAGAUUGUGGGUACGCUCGGCCCCAAAUCUCGAUCGGUGGAGGUUAUCGCUUCCUGCCUCAAUGCUGGAAUGUCUGUGGCCCGAUUCGACUUCUCGUGGGGCAACCCGGAAUAUCACCAGGAGACUCUGGAGAAUCUCAAGGCCGCUGUUAAGAGUACUAAGAAGCUUUGCGCUGUUAUGUUGGACACUGUGGGUGCUGAGUUGCAAGUCGCCAACAAAACUGGGAAUCCUAUUUCACUCCUUGGAGAUGGACUCGUUGUUCUGACACCAGAUCGUGGACAAGAACCAUCCUCAGAGCUAUUGCCCAUCAAUUUUGAUGGAUUGUCAAAGGCGGUGAAGAAGGGAGAUACCAUUUUUGUUGGUCAGUACCUGUUCACUGGAAGUGAAACGACUUCUGUAUGGUUGGAGGUUUCUGAAAUAAAAGGAGAUGAUGUUGUCUGUUCUGUUAAGAAUUCUGCAACAUUGGCUGGUUCAUUGUUCACUUUGCAUGCGUCUCAAAUUCACAUUGAACUGCCUACUCUCUCUGAUAAAGAUAAGGAGGUUAUAAGUAGUUGGGGACUUAAAAACAAAAUCGACUUCCUGUCAUUGUCAUAUACCAGGCAUGCAGAAGAUGUUCGCCAUGCUCGUGAGUUCCUGAAUAAGUUGGGCGACCUCAGUCAGACACAAAUCUUUGCUAAGAUUGAGAAUAUGGAGGGAUUAACCCAUUUUGAUGAGAUUCUGCAAGAAGCUGAUGGUAUCAUCCUCUCCCGUGGGAACUUGGGCAUUGAUCUCCCACCAGAGAAGGUCUUUUUAUUUCAAAAGGCUGCCCUUUAUAAGUGUAACAUGGCUGGAAAGCCUGCUGUGGUUACUCGUGUUGUGGAUAGUAUGACCGACAACUUGAGGCCAACCCGUGCUGAAGCAACUGAUGUUGCAAAUGCUGUAUUGGAUGGAAGUGACGCAAUUCUUCUGGGUGCUGAGACUCUUCGUGGUUUGUACCCUGUCGAUACAAUCUCUACUGUUGGUAAAAUUUGUGCUGAGGCAGAGAAGGUUUUCAACCAAGACUUGUAUUUUAAGAGGACUGUCAAAUAUGUUGGAGAGCCAAUGACACACUUGGAAUCUAUUGCGUCUUCUGCGGUACGAGCAGCGAUUAAGGUGAAGGCAUCUGUUAUUAUUUGCUUCACUUCUUCUGGAAGAGCUGCGAGAUUGAUUGCAAAGUAUCGACCCACAAUGCCAGUUCUUUCAGUUGUCAUUCCCCGACUCAAGACAAAUCAGCUUAAGUGGAGCUUUACUGGAGCCUUUGAGGCAAGGCAAUCACUUCUAGUCAGGGGUCUGUACCCUAUGCUUGCUGAUCCUCGACAUCCUGCCGAGUCUACCAGUGCAACAAACGAGUCAGUUCUAAAGGUCGCCCUUGAUCAUGGAAAGGCAUCCGGAGUGGUUAAGUCACACGACCGUGUAGUCGUUUGCCAGAAAGUUGGUGAUGCCUCUGUAGUCAAGAUUAUAGAGCUUGAAGAUUAGAAUUCUUCUUUACCCUCAUUUUUGAGGCGUAAUUUCCUAUCUUCUGUUUUCGUGUCGGGAAAUGGACCAAUCAUAUCGCCCUCGAGGUUUAUAGCCCUCAGGUUUUGGAGGCUUGGUAGUUGAUUAAUUGUUCUAUGCACACAGUUGUAGUCAUGGUGUACAUGACCCCCCCUAAAAACAAAAAACAAAUUUUGUGUUUACAUAUCAAAGUCGUUCAAGUCUCCAAUAAAGAUGGUUUUUUGUGA